GAAGGACAGCGACACAGGGCUUUAGACUUCCGUUGCGAUGUUGCCGCCCCUGGCAGCUGUGAGCCGCGGCCAGGCGCCGAAGCCGCCAGCUCCGGCGAAGGUGACGCCGAAGCUCUCGGAGAAGGCCGCGAACUUCAAGGCUGCAGUGGAGGGUGGCAAGAAGUGCCUGGAGCGGGAUCACAUGGAUCGACAGAAGCGCCUUGACUUCCUGGAGGAUUCGGUGGCCACUUCCCCGCUGAAACGUGAGCUGUUGGAGGCGGAGUUUCAGGCGCGCGAGCAACGUGGCGUCCUCGCCAAGUUCAGGCACUGGUCGACUGCAGACUUUCAGCCCAUCGCGGUACUCGGUGCAGGUGCCUUUGGCACGGUCUACCUGGUCCGGCAGAAGGAGAAAGACCAGUACUUUGCCCUGAAGCAGAUGACAAAAGUGAGGCACGGAAAGAAGAACCUGAAGCGGUGUGUCUACACUGAGCGCGAGGUCCUGGCGCAAGCGAGAAACAGGUGGUUCGUGGAGCUAAGCGCCACCUUCCAAGAUGCGGACCACAUCUACAUGCUCAUGGAGUUUCUCCCGGGAGGCGACCUCUUCAGAUGGAUCGAGGUGAUGCGCCGCUUCUCCAUGGACGAGACGCGCUUCUACAUGGCGGAGUUGCUAGAGGCGCUCGAUGUGCUGCAUAAGCACGGCUUCAUCCACCGCGAUAUCAAGUUCGACAACAUGGUCUUGACCGCGCAGGGCCACCUCAAGCUUUUGGAUUUCGGCCUUUGCCGAGCAGACCCCCAUGGUGAUGACCUGCACCUGCACGACUUCGGUGAACCGAAGCCAUCCCCAAAAAGCAUGCUGACCAAGAGACAGGAGAUGGCCACUCAGGUUGGGACGAUCUAUUACAUGGCACCGGAGGUGUUGCGCGGAGAGGUGAGCCCGGCCAGCGACAUUUGGGCAGUGGGCGUGAUGACCUUUGAGUGCCUCUAUGGCUCCCCGCCUUUCCGUGUGGAGGAGAAAGGGGAUGAGGUGAAGAAGCGUCACAUCAUGCGGCAGAUGGUGCUGAACCACAAGACUUCCCUUCCGCCGCGAAUGGCCAAAGCCAAGAAGCUCGGCUUCAUCCCCGCUGACGCGGAGACGUUUAUCUCCAAGGUCAUGUGCGAAGCGGCCGUGCGCAUUCCCAUCGCGCAGUGCCGCGCUGAGCCCUUCUUCCAGGGCCUGGACUUCUCGCGCUUGCAUUUGAUGGAGCCCCCCUUCAAACCUGAGCUCUCGGGCCCGGGCGAUCUCCGAAACUUCGACGAGUUCCCCUUCAAGGCUUUGCCCACCGCGGAGGUCACAGCCUGGAACGAGGACCCCUCCAUGGAGUGGAGCAACUACGACUUCGACCGGGACGCCUUCGAGCUCCAACGCCCCGAGGCGGUAAAAGAGCUGCUGCAGAUCCACGAGCAGGAGGCAGUGCUCGGCAUCUAGACCGGUUUCCCGGCUCGUUUGUCUGAAGCGCUUCCGGACUUGCCUGGAAUUCGAUGCAUAGAGCACUUGCAAGUGGAUGUGGGUAUGUCCUUUAUUCAAAGGACCC